UUAGACAGAUCACACACAAGCCACAAGUGACAAGCCAUACACCCCCUUUCCAUCCUGUUCUCCAUUAGGCCUGUGGUCAAGAUGAAAGUUCUCGUGGGUUCGGACCCUUCUCAGAUUUACCAGCCCGAUGGGGGCAAAGACAAGGAGAACUUCCGAAACUACACCUCAGGACCCCUCCUGGACCGAGUCUACACUACCUACAAGCUCAUGCACACCCACCAAACCGUGGACUUUGUCAGGAAGAAGCACGUGGAAUUUGGUGGAUUCUCCUUCAAAAAGAUGACUGUGAUGGAGGCUGUGGAUCUGCUGGAUGGGCUGGUGGAUGAGUCUGAUCCCGAUGUGGACUUUCCCAAUUCAUUCCAUGCAUUUCAGACGGCCGAGGGCAUCCGAAAGGCUCACCCUGACAAGGACUGGUUCCACUUGGUGGGAUUGCUGCAUGAUCUGGGGAAAGUCCUUGUUAUGGCUGGGGAGCCUCAGUGGUCGGUUGUUGGAGACACCUUUCCUGUGGGUUGCCGCCCCCAAAAAUCUGUAGUCUUUUGGGAUUCAACUUUUCAGGACAAUCCUGACAUCAAGGACCCUCGAUACUGCACCGAGUAUGGGAUGUAUGAGCCGCACUGUGGCUUGGAGAACGUACUGAUGUCCUGGGGCCAUGACGAGUAUAUGUAUCAAAUGAUGAAGUUCAACAAAUUCUCCCUGCCUCCUGAGGCCUUCUACAUGAUCCGUUUCCACUCCUUCUACCCUUGGCAUACGGGUGGUGACUACCGGCACCUCUGCAGCCCCCAUGACCUCAGCAUGCUGCCCUGGGUCCAAGAGUUCAAUAAAUUUGAUCUCUACACCAAGUCGGAGGACCUGCCAGAUGUGUCCGAGCUUCGGCCCUACUACCAGAGCCUCAUUGACAAAUAUUGUCCCGGGAUCCUCCGCUGGUAAUGGCCUCUGCUUGGGACUGAGCCCAGACUUCUAGGUCUUCAUAUAGCCCCUCCAGGCUCACCUGCCUCACCAGGGGCGGCCAGCCCCUUCCCUUGUACACACCAGCCUGUCGUCAGGCCCCUUUCUCCCCAUUUCUCUGAAGGAGGAAUUAUCAGCCCAGAGACACCUCUGGGGCACCGGCCACCCCUUCGGCCGACCUCUCCAUCUCAGUAACAUUAUCCUGUAUCAUUAUCCUGUACCAUUAUCAUUGACACCCCACUGCAAACUCCAUCCCUGUCAUGUCAUCAUUGCCGAUCAGCAGGUUCCCAUCACUUCCCUACUUUCCAUUUUCACCAUCACUGUCAGCUAGCUGGACCAUUGCUCUGGGGGUCCCCGGCCAAGGUUCAGCCCUCCAGCCACACCUGCAGACCUUUCACACUUUUACUAAGAAAUAAAGAAUGGUAUCUUUCUUUUUAC